ACCAGAAUCACCGAACUGUGUCAGGACACCAUGGGGGGGAACUGCUGUUACGUCAUUUUUGACGCUCUCCUGACCCGCGAUGACGUCAGAGACGCUCCUCUCGCCACUCAGCGGUCCAGACGGACGGAGCAGGAGCAGCGGAACUUUGGUCCUCCAUCAUGAGGAUUUUUAUCCUCUACCUGCUCGUCCGGUCCGGAUACGGCGCUCAGCUCUUGUCGGAGAUGUACGGCAGCCUGCGGUCUCCGGACUUCCCGGAACCGUAUCCCAGAGACACGGUGCUGAACUGGAACAUCAGCGUUCCCGUCGGUUUCCGGAUCAACCUGUUCUUCAGCCACUUUGACCUGGAACCAUCCUACCUGUGCGAGUACGACUCCGUCAAGGUGGAGGCGGACGGAGCGGUGCUGGCUCUGUUCUGUGGGAAGGAGGAGACGGACACAGAGGAGGUACCGGCCCAGCGGAUCAUCACCUCCCCGAGAAACUCCCUCAGCAUCAAGUUCGUCUCUGACUUCUCCAACGAGGAGCGAUUCUCCGGCUUCCUGGCUCACUACAGCGCCGUGGAUGUGGACGAGUGCAGCGAGCGCGGCGACGAGGAUCAGCUCUGUGACCAUUUCUGCCACAACUUUAUCGGGGGAUACUACUGCUCCUGUCGCUAUGGUUACCAGCUGCACACAGACAACCACACCUGCACAGUGGAGUGCAGCGGUGCUGUGUUCAGGGAACGCUCUGGAGCUCUGAGCAGCGUUAAUUUCCCUUCUCCAUACCCAAAGAGCUCGGACUGCUCAUACCGCAUCGAGGUGGAGGAGGGAUUCAGGCUCCGCCUCCAGUUUGACCCCCGCUUUGACGUGGAGGACCACCCAGACAUCAGCUGCCCCUACGACUAUGUCAAGAUCCAAGCAGGAAGCAGAGAAUUUGGACCGUUCUGUGGAGGUCGGUCUCCAGGGAUUAUCGAGAUCGACAGCAACGUCGUCUCCAUCCGAUUCCACAGCGAUGACUCUGGAGAAAACCUCGGCUGGAGGCUGAGCUACACCGCUGUAGGAAGUCAGUGUCCAGUACCUGAGGCUCCGCCCAAUGCUGUGAUGGUUCCCGUCCAAUCAGAGUACUCCUUCAAGGACCACGUGGUGUUCAGCUGUCAGCCAGGGUUCCUCCUGAUCCAGGACGAUGGAGCAUUGGAUCGUCUCCAGCUGGAGUGCCGGGCUGACGGCUCAUGGAGCGGCCGUCCUCCUCGUUGUCACAAGGUGGACUGUGGGAUGCCCAGGAAGGUCGACGGGGCUAUUGUGGUGUUUGGUGACCAUGACAAGAGCACGCUGUUCGGGGCGAGAGUUCAUUACGUCUGCAUGGAGGAGGGAGUCCAGCUGAGCAACAGUUCGUUCAGGUGUGGCCCCACAGGUGAGUGGGUUGAUGCUGAAGGAGGAACAGAGGUACCCACCUGUCUGCCAGCCUGCGGCCUGCCGUCCCGCUCCCUCCCCCCUCAGGUGAAGCGGAUUGUGGGUGGUCGAAGUGCUGAGCCGGGCCUUUUCCCCUGGCAGGUUCUCCUCAGUGUGGAGGAUCUGUCCCGGGUCCCUGAGGACCGCUGGUUUGGCUCCGGGGCCCUGCUGUCUGGGUCCUGGAUCCUUACUGCGGCUCACGUCCUGCGCUCCCAGAGGAGGGACACAAAUGUUGUCCCAGUUGCCCCGGAUCACGUGAAGGUGUUUCUCGGCCUCCACAGCAUCAAAGACAAACACUCGUCCACCAGCCGUUCUGUGGACCAGAUCUUCCUCCAUCCGAACUUCCAGCCCAACAACUACAACAACGACAUCGCCCUGCUGAGGCUGAGCGAGCCGACGGAGUACAAUCGACUGGUCCGCCCCGUCUGUCUGCCACCGGUCCACCGACAGGACCUUCCUUCGCCCCUGCUCCCCCACUCUCUGGGUCUAGUUGCUGGUUGGGGGAUCUCCAACACUUCCUCCUCCCCGUCCCCGUCCCCGCUGACCUCUGACCUCCUGCAGUACGUCAAGCUGCCAGUGGUCCCUCAGGACGAAUGUCAGGCCAGCUACGCUUCGCGCUCGGUCGGCUACAACAUCACAGACAACAUGUUUUGUGCUGGCUUCUUCCGGGGCGGGCGGGACACGUGCCUGGGGGACAGUGGGGGGGCGUUUGUGAUGGAGGUGAAGCGGAGGUGGGCUGUGUUCGGCCUGGUGUCCUGGGGCGGUCCUGAGGACUGUGGGAGUCAGAGGGUGUAUGGCGUCUACACUCGGGUGGAUAAAUACACAGAGUGGAUUCAGAGCCAUGUUCAUACCGCCCCCUGGUGGUAAGACAGAGACACUGAGUCUCCUUCCAGGUACCUGCUGCUCCACGUGUUCUCUGCAGCUUAUCGUGCCUUACUUCUACUCCAGUCUGCAGUUACUGCAGACCCUCAAAACAAACACUCCCAGACCCUCAAGUUCUGCUACCCGUUUGUUAUCAACUGUAGCCGGAUCAGGUCAAACUUUGGAUUUAUCAGGAGUUUUUGUGUAUCCUGAUAAAUCCUGCUGUUAUCUUGAGGUGUCCAUGCCGUAUACUUGUGGCUCAGUGCUCUAUCAGUUUAUCAUAGACCUCUCACCAAAGUAUGCAAGAUCCACCAUCUGCAUCAUACCUGCAGCCAGGGUCCAAAAUUAACACUCGCCAGACGCCAAAUGAGAGUAAAUUUUCCGUUUGGCGAGUAAAUUUCAGUGGGCUAGCUGCGACAUAGCGAGUAAAUGUUUCUACCAAAUAAAUCGUGUUUUUCAGUCAUCAUUUGGGCGGAUGCUUCUUUAUGUGCCUCUGCUUUCAGCUCGUAUGACAACAAACGUACACAAACACUCGCAUGUGUCGCAAGAACGACAGUAACUACGUCAUGUUCGUUUGCUAACAACUAGCAUUUAGCUCAGGCUAACUAUGUAGCGGGAUUAUGUGGAGAUAUUUAGCCGGAGUCAGUCAGAAUUACUUUGACCGGUAAAAAUAUGAUUGGCCGGUUGAUUCUUACAUCUUCCAGCCAACUUGGCUGGUAGAUCAGGAAGUUAAUUUCGGACACUGCCUGCAGCCCCCUGAGCGACACAUUGUAUUUUUACCUCUUUUAGCAACAGCAGCCGCUCUGUUUUUCAGGAAUUUCUCACAGAUUCAAGUAAAUCCAACUUUACCUUGGAGGUCCAUUCUGUAGACUGAUGACUCCAUGAGCAUUACAUCAAAAGUCAUAUGAGCUGCAUUAAUUCAGAUUCAGAUUUCUUCUCCACUCCUUUUAGCUGCAGACCUGUUUUUUUAAUUAUCAGUAAUUUUGUGGGAUCUCGGGGAAUCCUUCUCGCUCAGGGAGUCCAUGAUGUAAACAGGUGACUGUGAGCUUAUUCCCUUGGUUAGUUACAGGUGAAGGUUUGUGACACACUAUGUCAACAUUACUUUAACAGGAACCUAAAACUGAUUCCAAGUGGACAGACAUUGACCUUUGGGUUGUUUUAGCGGAGAAAGCUUCCUCCUGACUCUCUAAUCUCAGUGUGCCCUGCAGAUAGCAUUACAAAUAUCCCAAAGACUUCACACAAGGCCUUUUAAAAUGAGAGUUGCUACUAAAACCUUUAUAGAAAUAUUAAAAUCCUGAAUAAUUCAGUGAUUGACUGCAGAAAACAUACAGUGCAAAGAGAAGAAUUACACUCCAUCAAAUGCCUAUGAACACUUUAAUGAAGGACAUGAAACAAGGACUGUCUUUCUUCUCUGUGUCGUGACGGAGACACGUUUUCCUGCGGUUUCCUGUAUGACGUCUUGAACGAGGCAGACGAGUCAGAAAACCUGUGAGAAUAAGACACGUUGAACAGCAUCCAGAUGAAACCUGGAAGCCAAAAAUAAAAUAUGAACUUCCUGUUGCUCACAAAGACUUCUGAUGAGGCUGCAACACAAACCCGUCGUUUCUCUUGGACAGUUUUUAGUAAAUCACACGCUUCUUUAACUACACUCCUGAAUAAACACCUUUCUUAUUGU